UCUGGCCCUAGUCCGCCCGCCAUCACGCCUCCCAUCACCUGGAAACCCUUGCUGAACUUUGCACGAUUGCCAUAAAAGAUUAGCGAAAUACGGAAUCGCGUUAUCAGAGAUAGACCGAGAUUAAUCGCGCCAUUUAGUCUACAUUCAAAACUCAGUUAACGGACAUUCGACAAGUGGAUUCCAGAGAGUGAGAGCGAGAGAGAGAGAAACCGGUUGCCGCUUGUGGACGGGAACAGAGUUUUUGGCAGUGCAGGUGUUCGAUUCGAUUGAUUUUCACCGCAUUUGCCACGCCAACAAACAACAGCAGCCACAACCACAGCCUCCGUGAAAAUGCAUGAGGCCUACGUGAACAUCAACUCCAUUCCAACCCACAUACUCACGUGGGGCAGGUGGAUCGAGGAAAAGGUCACCGAGCAGGAGGUCGUCAUUUGCAUAACGGGGAACCCUGGGCUCCCGGGCUUCUACACGGAGUUUGCCAGCACCCUGCAAAAGCAACUGGGAGAUCUUCCGGUGUGGGUGAUUGGACACGCGGGCCAUGACGAUCCGCCAGAGGCGAGUAUCCGCGAGGUUCCCCAGCUGACGGGCAACGAGGAGAUAUUCAAUCUUGACGGCCAGAUCAAACAUAAGGUGGCAUUCAUCGAGAAGUAUGUGCCCAAAGAUGUGAAGAUCCAUCUCAUCGGACAUUCCAUUGGCGCGUGGAUGAUACUGCAGAUGCUGGAGGAGGAGAGCGUGCGGAGCCGUGUCCAAAAGUGCUACAUGCUCUUCCCCACAGUCGAACGCAUGAUCGAAUCGCCCAACGGCUGGGUCUUCACCAAGGUCGCCAUGCCCCUGUACUCGGUGUUUGGCUACAUCUUCUUCAGAUUCUUCAAUGCCCUGCCCGUCUGGCUGCGCCUCCUCCUCAUCCAGAUCUACUUCCUCAUCUUCUCCAUACCGCGAGCGUUCCUGGGCACCGCCCUCAAGUACUCCAAACCCUCGGUGGCCGAGAAGGUGGUGUUCCUCGCCGACGAUGAGAUGUCCCGAGUGCGCGGCCUCCAGAAGGAGAUUAUCGAAAGGAAUCUGCAUUUGCUAAAGUUCUACUACGGCACCACGGACGGCUGGGUGCCCGUCUCCUACUACGAGCAGCUCAAGCAGGACUAUCCGAAGGUGGAUGCCACUCUGGAUACUAAAAAAAUUGACCAUGCCUUUGUCCUGCGGCACUCGCAGCCGAUGGCAGGUAUUGUACGCGAAAUGAUUCAGCAGAGCCGUACAAACUGAUCAUCAAACGAGCCCCAGGAUCUCUAGAGGGGAAUCCUCCUGCUCCUCCAUCCACUGCCUUUGUGUGGCGGCAAUCAGUUUUUGUUAUUUCUUUUUAUUAUACUCUUUGCAACUCUCGAAGGACACACUAAAUAUAGUCAAAAAUAUCUUGCAAA